AUGACACGUGGCAUGCUGCAGGCUGUUUGCUGCUUUGAGUUUCAGUUUCCUUUCUCUCAGACCAGGAAGUCAAGGAUCUCAGCAGAACUUUCUGUCUCCAGAAUGUUUCAGGUGGCCAAGCCAGAUGAAGCAGCUUGCACUCCAUUUAAGCCUGAUCCAGCUUUUAAAAAUGGAUACAGAACAAUGGAAAUGACAACCAGAUUGACAUGGAAUAAAGAAAAGAUUCUGCAAAAGCUGCUUGGAAAUGUUUCCUUGAGUCUUUUUUAUAAGUCUAGUGUACAUAAAUGUUCCAUUGAAAAUAUGCUUGAUAUGUGCAAUCAUCAAGGAUCCACUAUAACAGUGAUUUACAUGCCCAACUGUAUUGUUGGGGCAUUUUUAUUUGGGCACUAUCCUCAAAUGGAUAAAAAGUGUAGAAAUCAAAAUUAUUCUUUCUAUUUUUCACUUAAUAACACUAGAACAACUGAAGUUUUUAAUGUAGAAGCACAAAUUGAUUCUGAAAAACUGGCAUUUUAUUCCUCUAAUGAAAUCAUUUUCUCCUUAAUUCCACAUGAGUCCAAAGUUUUUAUUCAUCAAUCAUUAAUGAUUGAAUUAGGAAUACAAUAUUUCACUUCCUCAAAUUAUUUGGAAUGUGAAGUUUUCCGCGUUGAAGGAAUUAAUGAUGAUAAAGGCUACAUAAGGAGGAUAACAGGAGUUGCACAGUACAGAAAUGGGCUCCUAGCAGAGCUCAGAGGCUACAGACCCUAUGCAGAUUUGGUUUCAGAAAUUAAUAUUCUCUUGCUGGGUCCAGUUGGGUCUGGAAAGUCCAGUUUUUUCAAUUCAGUGAAGUCUGUUUUCCAAGGCCAUAUGACUCGCCAAGCCGCAGUGGGGUCUGAUGUCACUAGCAUUACUGAAAUGUAUAGGAUAUACUCUAUUAAAGAUGGAAAAGAUGGGAAAUCUCUGCCAAUUAAGUUGUGUGACACCAUGGGGCUGGAUGAGAAAGAGGGAGUAGGAUUGUGUAUGGAUGACAUACCCCACAUCUUAAAAGGCUGCGUGCCCGACAGAUAUCACUUUAAUCCCCAGCAACCAAUUACAUGUGACUAUCCUACCUUCAUCACCUCUCCAUCACCGAAGGACAGGAUUCACUGUGUGGCUUAUGUUUUAGAUAUCAACUGUAUCAACAGUCUCUCCUCUAAAAUGGUGGCAAAGUUCAAACAAGUUCAAAAAAUAAUAUUAAGCUGUGGUGUACCACAGGUAGCCUUGCUGACUAAAGUGAAAAAUUACCACGAAGUUCUUCAAGAAGACUUUUCAAAUAUGAAUACUUCUAUGACUUCUCAAAGCCAGAUAAUGAAAAUCCAAAAAAUGCUAAAAAUUCCUAUUUAUAAUAUUCUGAUGGUUGAAAAUUAUGCUCUAGAAUGGGAGCAGGACCCUUUAAAGGACAUUCUGAUCCUCUCUGCGCUGAGGCAGAUGUUACGAGCUGCAGAUGACUACUUAGAGGAUUUGCCUCAGAGGCAUAUGAAGUUGCUAGAAUGUCCCAGCUUGACAUGUGUGAUUAG